UAUGCGCGUACCAUGGGAUGCUUCAUCGAGCGAUGCAGAGAGGCCAACGCUACAAGGGACCAUCGGUGAUUGGGCCCCGCCACGGUCCACCACGCCUGCGACUCACUCACGCACUGCCUCGAGCCAGAGCGAACACGCACCGCACAGGCUCGCUGGCAGUGGUCCCCGACCGAGCGGAGCGUCGGGGCAUUUUUUUCUUCGUCUCUGCUGUCUCGGCUGGCCAUGGGCGCAUGCGGCCAUGGGGGGCAGAUCGGCCAUCAAAGGGCGAUCUAGAGUGCACGUCGACGUUAGCGUCCGCGCAUGCCACGCAAGGCUGAAGUCAAGUGAGGGGUUGCCGCCGGGGAGGAGGCAGAAACAUUCGCGGUAUCCACCUGGCUCCAACCACCCAUCAUCCGCCUGCUCCGUCGCCACAGCAAUUCCCCCAUGGCAUUUUGGCGCCAACUCAUCGACAUUCUGCCUCCCCAUCGCGUCUGACCCCUCCCAUCGACAUCUCCAUGAUCUCGAUGCAGAGCUGCAUACAUGUACUGGCCACACGCGCUCUCGUCACCAGUGUUCCGACUACUCUACUCUACUACACUACUCAGUCGUUCCACCAGCCUCCUGA